AUGGACGCCCCCGCCCUCCUCGCCCUAGCCCAAACAGACGGCACUCUUCCCCUCCCACCCACCUCCACCCCCCUCGCCACAAUCCUAUCCUCCCCACCCUUCAUCCACGUCCCCUUCUCCUUCAAUUCCCGCGACCUUGGCCUAGUCCCCGGCUCGCCCAUCCGGCCCGGCCUGUUCUUCCGCACGGCUGGAUUCAGCGCGCCGAAGCCGAAGCCGAACCCGGACCCGGACCAAAACACCUCCUCAGAGGCACCCUUCACGACGUCAACACUCCGCAACGCGCUGGGCGGUCGGGUCAGGUAUCUAGUCGACUUACGCACCGAAGGCGAGCGGGUGCGUCGGCCGGAUCCGGACGGCGAUGACGGCGAUGACGGCGUGACAGCGAUAUGGGAGCCUACGGCAGAGGGUGCGCCGAAUGCGGUGGACUUUGCACUCUUCGCCGAAGGCGACGGAGAAAAGGGGUUUGUGGAGAUGUAUCUCGGUGUGUUAAAAUACUACGCAGCCACAAUCCGGCGGGUGCUGGAAGCAGUGCGGGACGGAAAGGGAGAGGAAGGCGUGGUAUUUCAUUGUACAGCUGGCCGUGACCGCACAGGCGUGGUGGCCGGACUCCUGCUGAGUCUUGCCGGGGCGAGCGCUGAUACAGUCGCGCUGGAUUAUGUGCUGUCGCGUAUUGGCAUUGAGCCGGCGCGGGAGAUGUUGGAGGCUGCGUUGACUGGUGGUAGGCUUGGUGACGCGCCGAGUGUUGAGGCGAGGCAUGCUGGGUUGAAGAAUUUGUCGAAUCUGAGAGUUAGGACGUGGGCGGCUUUUGUGAAGGCUCUGGAGGCUGAGCAUGGCGGGUUUGAAGGGUAUGUUAAGGGGGCGUUGGGGUUUUCGGAUGACGAUGUGAGGUUGAUUCGGCGGAAUUUGGUGGGGGGGAGUAGAGGAUAG